AUGGCAUAUGGAAUGAGCUCUAUUUUUGACAAAACUGGUCAAAACAGCAUUUGGGGAACAUCAUACAACUCCAACAAUGGUGUCAAUACUUUAGGAUUAGGGACCAAUGGGUUUAGUUCGAAUAGAUUACUCGAUGUAGUACCACAGAAAGCGGAAUCUAUCAGCGGUUACGGCCGACUCACUUGGCUCUCCGCAAAAGCAGGCCUUAUAACUUGUAAAGAUGAGAUGGUUAUCUCUUUUCAACUCAAGGAUUUUUGUGAUCAGUUGGUGAACGAUCUGACUUCUGUACUCCGUGUGGGAUUCACUCUUGCGUUUCAAGCGUCGUUAAACGAAACGAACGAGUACACCGCUACUUUGGUUCAGCCUUUAUAUGGAAAUGAUGCCGAUGUUGUUUUCAUGAAUUCAAAAGAAGUAGACUUGGACGGUAUUAGUCCUUCACCGACAAAUGCCCGAGACCUUUAUGAUUUGAACAAUGAAGGGAUUGCAUUGCCAGCUUUGCUCUCUAUAUUUCAGAGGCAUGGAACUAAUAAAAUUCAGUUGAGCAGUUUACAUUCGCAGUUGGGACAGUCAAAUGAAAACGAAAUGCUUAAAUACGUGGGAACAUCAUCUCUGAAAAGACGUCAUUUCAUCGAACGUCGGUCACAUAUUUUCAUUUUGAAACAAGAUGACUCUGUUCAGUUACAACAUCCAAAUAUUUACCUCUGUGUCCUGAGUCUAGCCUCAUAUCUUCUACGCCGAGGAGGAGUUACAGCAAUCCAAAGUCUAUAUGACUAUUACAUCAGCGCUGAAAUGCCAGCGAAGGCAAAAAGUAACUUUGGGGAGGGUCGUCAAGAGUUCUUGAAUCUCAUAAUUGGCCAUCCAUGGAUAUUUGCCCUUUUCCCAAAUCGAACAUAUGUGUCUGUUCGCAGAAACUUACCUCACAUCGACAUUUCUAUUUUUUGCAAGCUGUAUAAAGGUGAAAAUCCUCAAUCUAAUGGUAUCUCAGCUCAGUAUACAUCAAUGCCUCACAACAACAAUGCCGCUCCACGUACCAUUGUCAGAUCUUUGUCUGCUCAGCAGCCUUUCGGUGGACAUUCUUUGGAAGUAAACCCAGUUUACAACAACGAAUUCAUGAUGGCUGAUGUGAUGAGCGUCGGCACUUUGAACAAACAAUAUUCUCCACAGAUGUUCCCUUCUUUUCCUAAUAGAGAUGUAUACAACUCGAAAGGUGUUAUUGGAUCCGGUUUGGGGAAACUGACCUCGAAUGUUGCUGUUCAAACUGAACCCAUGCGUGCUGAUUCUGGAGCAUGUUUAUGCUGCUGUACAUGCCGCUCUGGCAAUGCUAUGUCUCGUAUUAGUGGUGGUUCUGCUAGUCCACCUAGUCUUGAAAGUACUAGUCCUUCCACGGGUGAUCGUCUAUCUCCAGGUAGUGGCCCUGCACCUAUCGGAGACAAGCCUCCAAUAGAAACUAAAAAAUAUUAUGACCCGUUCGGUACCGAUCUGUUAGUUACGUUGAAUAGCUUCCAUCUUUAA